AGGGAGCGCGGCGCCAUGCGGGGCCCGGGGCUGGGGCUGGGGCUGGGGCUGCUGCUGGGCGCGGCGUGGGUGGCGUGCGGGCAGAACGAGACGGAGCCCAUCGUGCUGGAGGGCAAGUGCCUCGUGGUGUGCGACUCCAACCCCACCUCCGACCCCACCGGCACGGCCCUCGGCAUCUCCGUGCGCUCCGGCAGCGCCAAGGUCGCCUUCUCCGCCAUCCGUAGCACCAACCACGAGCCCUCCGAGAUGAGCAACCGCACCAUGAUCAUCUACUUCGACCAGGUACUAGUGAAUAUCGGCAGCAACUUCGACUCGGAGCGGAGCACUUUCAUCGCGCCCAGGAAAGGGAUUUACAGUUUCAAUUUUCACGUGGUGAAAGUGUACAACAGGCAAACCAUCCAGGUGAGUUUGAUGCUAAAUGGGUGGCCAGUGAUUUCUGCCUUUGCAGGGGACCAAGAUGUGACACGAGAAGCUGCUAGCAACGGAGUCCUGAUUCAGAUGGAGAAAGGAGACAGAGCUUACCUAAAACUGGAGAGAGGAAACUUGAUGGGAGGCUGGAAGUAUUCAACAUUCUCUGGAUUUCUAGUGUUCCCGCUUUAAAUCACUUCUCAUCCAAGAAAAGGGAGAGAUCUCUUACAAAUUCCCAAGUCAGAGCUGGGUUUGAAGAGUCAUGGACAGCAGACUUUUUACAUUCAAGUAUUAAAGAAGCUUAAUCCUGCUUAGGUUUGUGUACAUCUGCUUUGAAGAAUUACUACUUAUUUUUGUUGUGUUGCAGCCAACAGGCGGGAGACACUAUAAUUGAUCAAACCCCCAUUUAUAUUCUUCUCUCUCCUCCCACAAAAUUAGUUCCCAUCUCUGUGUCAUUGGUGUAAUCUGCCAUUGUUUCCCCAUGGCUUCUGCCUCACACAAGUAGACUUUAGAUAUUUUCAUUGUCCUUUACAGCAUAUUUUGUAGUUUUGUUUUUAAAACAUGUUAAUCUUGACUCUUUCUCUGAGUUUAACUUUUAAAAAAAAAGAAAAAAGCAAAGUAUUUUUUGAAUACAUGGAUGCCAUGAUGGAAAGGAAAAUGCAAUUCUUGCUGUGUACUGGCUGGCAAAAGGAAAAAUUUCUACAUGAAGAACUAUCCACAGCCAAGGCUGACUAGAGUAUUUCAAUAUUUCUAUGUAAUUCUGAGUGAUUGUGAAAUUUAAGGCUGCUAAAUGUUUUGAUGCUUGUUUUGCUCUUGUACAAUGUGGCCCAACUAAAUGCCAGGAAGUAUAUUGAACUUUUACUAUUACUCUGUAAUAUAUGUGUGAAUAUCGAAAAUUAAUUUUUGCUUUAAUUCAAUAAAGUUUGAAUGGGACUUUUA